AUGUCCAAUUUAGAGUACCGAGAUUGGCCCGAGCAAUCCAGCAGCACGGGCGACAAAUUCACUCGGGAAAUGAUGGAUUCAUUACCAAGAAUAGACACUCCCCCGCCAAAAGAAGUAUCCCUAGAAGCAUACGUGAAACAAGAAGUCGAGAAGGCGAUAAGACAGACCCGCCUUCUAUAUCAGUCCCAACUCGAUGAGGCGCUAGAAGAAGUCAGCGUCUUAGAGAAAAGACUAAAAAAGACAAAGACAACAUCGCCCCCAGAAAGGCUAGAAGGAACUAGAAUGGCAUUGGAGAAGCCAGAAAACUUCAAUGGAGAUAAGAAACAGUACCGGGCUUUCAGAGAGUCCCUACUUCUACACUUCGAAGAUGACACCGUCUAUUUCAAAGAUGAUAGGAAAAAGAUAAGCUUUGUGCUAUCUUUUAUGAAAGAAGGAGAAGCCGCGGCCUUUAAGACCAAUUGGCUAGAGAACAGAGUUGAUGCCCAACAAUUGGGACUCGACAUCAAACUUGGCCGUUUUUUGCCAACAAAAUGGAGGCAAGAUUUAAAGACAGGCAAUGAAACUGCACAAGCCUUCUUCGAAAAGUUUGAAGAAAAGAAGAGGUGGGUAGGAUAUAACAGUAGGAUGAACAAAGAGUUCCUGAUCUCAUUGUUGAGACGGAACAUGAAUAAGCCCUUAGUAGAUCGGGUAAUCUACGGAGGGCAUAUUUCAAGAGAUUACCAAGAAUGGAAACAAGAGCUAAUCCGGAUAGACUACAUCUGGAGAGAGCGUGAGAAAGAGAAGAAAGGAUCCAAAUUUGGGAGGAAACAAAACGAGAAAAAUUUGGAACAAAAGACAGAGAGGAAAAAAGAUGGAACUGGCUACACUUAUACAGGUAGCGGAGAAAAGAUGGAGGUUGACAAAGCAAAAUUCCGCACUGAGGGACAAUGCUACCGGUGUGGAGAGAAAGGACAUAGGAGUUUUGAGUGCAAAGAUGCACAAACAAAGAAACCUUAA